CACAAAAAUGAGGCCCAAAAUCUUCCUCAUCAAACGCAUCGUUUUGCCUGAAACGACUGUAAUGCCCUUUGCAGCGCCAUCCCUGUCCUAUAGCCUUUGACUGAUUGAUGAGAAUGGGGAGGACAAUGCAGGCCUACGGAGAGCCAUCUUACUGGGACGAGCGAUACUCCCACGAGUCAGGGCCGUUCGAUUGGUACCAGAAGUACAACGCCUUGGCUCCACUCCUCCAUCUAUACAUUCCUCUUCAUCACCGAGUCCUCGUCGUCGGAUGUGGCAACUCUGCGUUCAGUGAAGGCAUGGUUAAUGAUGGUUACAAAGAGGUUGUGAACAUUGAUAUAUCGUCUGUGGUGAUCCAAGCUAUGCAGCGGAAGUACAGUGAUCGUCCACAGCUGAAAUACAUUAGAAUGGAUGUCCUUGAUAUGAGUGGUUUUCAAACAGGGUCCUUCGAUGCUGUGGUUGACAAAGGAACUCUAGACUCCCUUUUGUGUGGAAACAACUCACGGCAACUUGCUGUAAAAAUGCUCAAGGAAGUUGAGAGGGUCCUCAAGAAUAAAGGAGUAUAUAUGCUGAUCACAUAUGGAGCUCCAAUUUAUCGGUUGCGUUUGUUGAGAGAUUCAUGCUCAUGGACAAUAAAGCUUCAUGUGAUAGAGAAGUUUAUGUUGGAAGCAAAAACUGAACAUCAGACAUGGGAGCUGACUAAUCCCGUUCCACUGGAUGAUGAAGGAAGCUCGGUGGAAGCAGUUCUUGGAAAGAAUCCGGAUGUCCAUUAUAUCUACAUCUGCAUUAAGGUCAGCAAGCAAUUUCUCUUUUAAGUUUUAAACACUUCUAGUUUCUUUGGGGCCUCAUUCUCUAGCUUGAGAGGACCUAUUGCUUGAAGUUAUUUACUUAUGCACCUUUUUAUUUCCUGUUUCUAGGAUGAUUCUUGAAGGCCAGGCGUGAAGCAUGAAUGACAGUUAAGGAAGAUGAAUAUCUCCAACCCUUUGUACGGUUGUCCUCUGUAUGCUACUUUAAAAAUUUGAAAUCACCAAAUUAUGUUGGAAGUUGCAUUUAAUAAAUACCACCUUUUUGAGCA